AUGAAUAGUCAUUCAAACCUCAAACUUCAUUUGCGAGAUAAAUGGCUGUGUUACUGCACUCCGUUGACGUACCUCUGUGUACGUUGCCUUUUAACACGGUGAGGUACAGUAAAAAUAUGAAACUUUAGCCGUUUCUUUCAAGUUUCUAAACAAAGCCAAUAUGUUUUUAACGUAAAUUUAAGAGCAUGCCUUUGGCUAUAUAUUGCGGUCAUUUACAUUGUUUUCGAUCGCUUUUAGACUCCGUUCUUCAAUAAUGAAUGCUUGCAGGGCGCGCAUAUACAUAGUGAUAUACCGCUGAAACUGUUAAUGCUUCCUUAUUCUAUUUCUGAAUUAGGUAUGCACAGAAGCCAUACUAAACGACAAAUAGUUUCUCCUAUUUUAAAAACUGGAAAUGGCAGUCAGGUGGUGGUCAUUUUGUGACAUCAUUUGAAAUUGUCUAAACGGCAAAAGAAUUUCAGACCACUUAAACGAAGGAAUCUCUUUUAACGUUAUUACUGUACUUUAGGGCACCAAAUCGCACAGAUCUGGUAAUUUGACAUUUAGUAAUUGAUAAAACGCCUGGUUUUCUUAAAAGAACCUUUGUCAUAGGGAGCUGAUUAUGAUGAAUAACAUUAGACAUAAAAUAAAUUUUCAGAUUAAGCUCAUCAGUUUAAUAAAACUUUAUUUGGUACAUUUCUAUCCGUUCAAUAAAAAGGCGGUUAGAUGCGUAACCGGAGACUAGGCCAUGUAUUAGCAAAGGAAAUUACACGAAUAUAUUCCAACGUAUAUUUUCGCUAAAAUAUGCUGAUAUUAAACUUGAUAUUAUUACGUAUGCACAAAAUGUGCACAAAAAAGGAUAUUUCAUUGAAGGGUAUGAAAUCUCAUUUACUAAGUGUUUAGUAAAAUUACUACUGCAUAGGUGUUGAAAAACAUGCUUAUCUGUUUUUUAUUGAAAACCUUACGGAUAUGUGAAAAGCCACCUGGCUAAUAAAGGAUCUUGUUCAAACACAAAAUUCAAAAACCAUUAUUUCUACAAUGCUGAAGAGACAAAUCGAGCGAAAACUCGGGAGAUGAAUAGUUUACCGGAAUCGGAUGAUCUGUAAUUUUUUGUCAUUUUAGUUCAUUCACAUUGGGCUGCAGCAGUAGCCGUGCUACCGCAUGCCUGUUUACAUUCACGAAUCUACGCUUUAUCAGAGAGACGCGUGUCUCAAGCUGUUCCACUUACCUCUCUAACUGCCGACGGUCUUGUACUAUUUCCACUUAGUCUCAGUCUCUACGGAAGGGUCAAUGAUAAACUUCUGUCCGAGACCGCCCGUAUAUGCAUUUGCUCAAACACUUUCCAGGCGGAAUACAUCAAUGACACGAAUCAGUGGUUGAUUUAAAAAAAGAAAUUAAACAUAGUUCAGCAUGGUUAGGAUCGGGCCAAAGGAAGAACGCAGUAGACACAGGCCAUCUUGUAGAUAUCAGAGUGGACUUAUGGAUGACAUACAGGGUUAUCUCAAGCCAUCCGAAUAGAUCGGGGCAGACUGGAAUGUCUACGGUAGACGAGGCUGCACUCAGGGUAGGCAAACCGGUCCUAUGCGCGCAUAAGUAGUUAAUACAAGUCAGAUAGUUAACGUGGGCCCAAGCCGUCAUACCCGUCAGCCGCCAAUAUUUCCCCAUCCCCUGAGGCUGACUGCAGUUUUUCUGUUUCACGGUCUUGAACCCAAUUCUCCAAACCAAGCUACGGUAUAAUUAUCAAUUUGGUAGCAUCAUGUUACUCAGUAGUAUUAUGGCCUGAAGAGAGUUUGUCUGAAGCAGACGACUGCUCACUAAAAUGAAGAAAUUCCGAUGCAAGCUGAACAGUUUGCUGUCACAGUACUCAGACGAAGAUCGUGCUGCAUCAUAGAAUUUUGUAGACUGUGCGCCAGAUUAUCCCUACAGUGCCAAUAGAAGCGAAGAGACGUAUCUGCUAUUGUCUCUGAUGAUGGGUUCGGGCAGGAAUCCGAAACAUCAGGCUAAUAAAUUCCUUGUCCCAACGAUCGUGUCUCCUUCUUCAAGUUUCCCAACAGUAUUGCAAAUAUAGGGGCUCUAUCACAUGUCAUCGUCGCGAAUAUUUACCAAAACCUAAUCGUUCCGAAUAAACAGGAGCAGUCCUAUGACGUGAAUCGUGAAAAAGUGCAGUCCAUAAGGUAGGCGUUAUAACCAACACGGGCACAUGACCAUAACAAAAAAGCUUUCACUUGUGAACUCCCCGCCUUCGUCAAGAGAGAACACGAACUCAAUUAAACUCGUUUUGGCAAUUCACGGAGAUAUAUAAGUAGCCAGUCUUAUGGUCUCUAUUAUGCACCCGAGCCAUCGACCUUGAGGUAAGUUAGUGCAUCCUAUAUGCCAGUAGUCUGUUACGUGGUAGUAAUAUCAUCAGCCAUACACACCUGCAUCAUUUUAUAUUUGAGUUUAGAAGUGAAAACAGCGCGAUAAUGAAGUUUCUGUUGGUCGUUCUACUCAUCGCGUCAGUUGUCAUCAGCGGUAUGUUCCAGAACAUUUUGCCUGUUAUUUUUCUGGCGAAAGUUUUGAAUAAAUAACAAUCUCUUCUCCAUAGAAUCAACUGCUAACACGACAAAUGAGACUACUGCUACUACUGCUUCGACAUCGACUGACAGUAGUAAUGGGGCCAGUACCAAUACAACUGGGGCCAUAAACCCUACUUCAUCCUCCAACGAGACGGCUGAAGCCACAACGACAUCAAGCACUUCGGUCAUAUCUAUGACACACUGCUUCCUUCUGCCGCUCUUGCUUGCCACUUCCGUUAAGUUGUGA